GUUAAACCAGCAACAGAGAUGGCAAAUGUUAUGCCAAAUAAAGAGAGAGAAAAGGUCAUGCUUCUUUUCUGAUAUAACAAGAACAUGAUUAUGAGCCCCCUCUAGCUAGCUUUAAACCUACCCGGCUACCCCAUCUCGUUUCACUUCUCGUCUGUCAUUAAUGUAUUGCCCGUGUAAUAUGUGAAGGGAACGGUGCGUUUUGGUUGUCUUUAUGUUGUUGAUUUCUGGCGAUGGUUAAGAUGGCUGUCCAGGCACCGUUUUACCCAGAAAAUAUGGAUUUUCCCAUGUGUGGACUACAGGAUCCUGCUUUUGGGUUUGUUGAUGAUCUUCGGUUUAGCCUUCAAUAUCCCCAACAAACUCUCUUUCAUCUUCAGCGGAGCGCUCAAAAGUUGGGUGUUGAUUACAACGAAGGCGUUUCUUCUGCUUCCAGUUGCAAUAGCCUCCCUCCAAUGCCCGUUUUUCAAUCUUUGGAUGCUCUGUUUGCGUUGCAGAGCCAGGAGAUAGACCGCAUUCUUCAAAUACAGAAUGAAAGGUUGAGACUAGUUUUGCAAGAGCAAAGGAAGCAAGACAUCGCAGUCCUCUUGAGUGAUUUUGAAUCGAAAACGUCGAAUUUAAUUAGGCGAAAAGAAGAAGACUUGGCACAAGCAACAAUGAGAACAAUGGAGCUGCAAGAAUGCUUAAGAAAAGCAGAGAUGGAAAGGGAAACAUGGCAGAGAUUAGCUAAAGCAAAUGAAGCGAUGGUCACGGAUCUAAAUAACACGCUUGAACAGGUCAGAGAGCGAGUUGUUUCGGUCAGCCAUACAGCCGAAGAUACAGCAUCGUUUUGUGGCUCGUGUGAGAGAGACGAUAGAGGACAAGAAGAAGCGGUGAAAAGAAGUAGCAGAAAGAUGACUUGUAAAAGCUGUUACUCUCGGAGCCCGUGUGUUCUUUUUCUCCCUUGCAGACAUGUCUGUUCGUGCAAGUAUUGUGAAGCUUUUCUUGGUUCCUGUCCUGUAUGUAGCGCUGUAAAGGAAGGUAGCAUAGAGGUUUUCUUCGUCUGACCAGGAAGGAAAAAGCAAACAAGGAGAAGAAGGAAAAGUUUUUGAGAAGUAUACAUCUGUUGAUACCUGUACUAUCAUUAUGGUGUUUUUUUUUGUUUCCUUUUGCUUUUUCUGGGGUCUAUGGAAUUCGAUUUUUUUUUUUUAACUGCGAAUGCAAC